GAAACUCUCUCAAUGCUUUAUUCAUUUUAAGAGCUUCGCGCAAAAAAAAAAGGAAAAAAAAAACACAGAAGUCAUCGGAGAAAUGGCAAGCACUGUGAUGACGUCACUUCCUCAAUUCAACGGUCUGAGAACUCGCAAGAUCUUUGCAUCUCCGGUUCAUGGCCCGGGUGCUGUUCAACCAAUGAGACGCAAGGGAAAUGGAGCUUUGGGUGCAAGAUGCGACUUUAUUGGUUCACCCACAAAUUUGAUAAUGGUGACGUCGACGACUCUGAUGCUGUUCGCGGGAAGAUUCGGUCUGGCUCCAUCGGCCAAUAGGAAGGCGACAGCCGGACUGAAACUCGAGGCCCGUGACUCGGGCCUGCAAACGGGUGACCCGGCCGGGUUCACGCUCGCUGACACGUUGGCAUGUGGGACCGUCGGACACAUCAUCGGCGUCGGAGUUGUCCUCGGUCUCAAGAACAUCGGUGCUCUGUAAAUUAAUCGUCAUAACGUUAUUUACUUAAAAACAUAAAUAAAUAUUAUGUUUCGAAGUUUUUUAUAACCAAACUCUAUCUAUUUUGUUGGUAAUA